AUGAACAAAAAUUGGAACGACAGAGCCGAUAAAGAUCUCUUUUUCACUAUACUUUCUGUCAAGAACAUCGGCGUAAUAAGUGGCGCAGAAUGGACUACCAUCGGUAAUCAUAUGCGAUCGUUAGGAUAUGGCUUUACUAAUGAAGGAUGCCGGCAACACUUCCAAGGCCUUCGCAGGGCCCAGCAUAAGGCUGAGCCGAAUGGUGGUAUAGAUCAGCGCAGAUCUGAUCCCACUCUCAACCCUAUCACACGGCGCCCCGGUCCAGGUCGUGGACGACCUAGGAAACAGCCACCAGCACCCAUCGCUGGUAUUGACCCUAUGUCUUCCCCAGGAGUACAGCAAGGCCAGGGUCAGGAUGCCCAGUCGGAUGCAACUGCUUCACAUCAUAGCAUGUCCGUUCAGAUCCCUGUCGAGGAGGCCGAUUCGUUAGGCCUUGUGCAUGACAACUCCGGUCUUGACGAACAACCGUCAAAGCGUCAGCGCCUCGAUGAAGAAGAUCAACAGCAGACAGAUGACGCAGCUGUCCUGUCGUUAGCAGCAGACGGGUUAUCCGGACCAGACGAUCAUUAUGAUCCAGAGUAA